AUCGUUUCAGAAUGCGGAAGUAAAGACAAACAUGUACUUUACAUUUGCUGCAGUUGAGUCGUCAACUUGAAAAGCCGGUAAGGUGGAAUUCUGUUACCGCCUAGUUGACGCCGAUUGCUUUUUAAAAAUGUUUUCAAAACGAGUUCGCUAAUAACAAUGUAGCCAGGUAAUAACUACACAUCUACGUUUUUGCGUUACAGUUUUGCGUAAAACGUUAGCCAAAGACAAAGUACUAGCUAAACAACCGAUCAGGUAAAUAACUGGUUAAACCCAUCGGCUAUACGCUGGCAAUUUGACUUAAAUUGGGCGUAAUUAAAGACAAUUUGGUUUUGACCUUGAUCGUUCAGAAUGUCGGAUAAUAAUUUUUCAAACAAAGAAGACAGUUGUAAUACAUAUGAACUGUGUGAUAAGCAGCCGUCACACUCCAAUGGAAAUGUCAAUGGACACCAUGGUAAUACCACUGAAGAAGACCUGACAGUGUCGGUCCCUCAUGGUUUGUCUCUCAGGGAAAAAAAGCUCGUGCUUCACGUUGACCUCAAUAACACCAUCUUGGUUUCUGAUGCUGUGACAAAUCAAGGAACAAUUGCAGCGUUGGAUUAUUUUAUUUCCACUGUAACAUGGGGACAAAUGACUAAACAAGGUAAGUGGCAGUGGAUGAGUGACUCACCUUCUCUACUCCCACCAUGCGAGGGGGCUGUCAGCUACUACUCCCAGUUUGGCCGGGUGCCAGGCUUCACCAGCUCGGCUGCAGGUCGGCGAUUCCGGGGUGUGCUGGACGAGCACCUGGCAAUGCUGCGAUGGCCACAGGAGCUACAGUGGGACAAGGAGCUGGCUGUGAAGGGUGAGGAUGGACAGCUGUACCACUGGAUCCUGCCCUCCUUCUUCCAGCUACUAAAAGAUCUGGUAGCGGAGGGAAGGGACUUUGCCAUCCUGUUCCGUACCUUUGGCUCAGACCUUCCGCGUGUGCUGUCUGCUGUGUCCAAAGCUCUCUCGCAGGGCUCCCACCCACUCUUCCCUGACCUUCCAGCCCUGAAGCUGAUGGUGAAUGAGACACCAGGAAAGAUCCGCUGCAGUGUGAAGGGGGCGGUACUGGCCCGGGCAGAGGAGCAUCUGUCCCCCCGUGACGGGGAGCGGGCCUUAUACCGCUAUCUCAGCUCCGUCCAAGGCCUCGGAGGCUUCCAGGACCACUUUGAUUGGUGGGCCAGAAACACCUACUCCAUCUUGGGAGGGAAGCCUCUCUGGGUGGACCCCUUUGACCAGGAUGUACAGCACAUCUUCAUUGACGACAACAUUCGACAAAACGACAAGGACACCAUCGUCCAUCCGAAAGUGUUCCUGGACCGAGGCAGCUCAGAGACCCGCACAGCCUCCAUCUCCGAGCUCUAUGACCUUUGCCUGGUCCAGAACGACUUGCUCAGGGCUAUUUCUGACCCCGGGUACUUCACCCAGCGUGUCAGCAUAUGCCAGGAGAACUAUGACAGGAACCUCCAGGGAGGGGCAGCCUAGCAUGUUUAGCGUGCAGCUCAGAGCCCUAGGGUGAGAAGGGCUUUAUAGAGGGGACGACGGAGCUGCUGUAGUUGCUCCGACUCCUGAAGGUCAAUAUUCUCAGGGUGUGUGACACUGACAACAAAUUGCAAAAUAUUGUUAUGUUGUGUUAUUUUGCUGCUGUUUUUAAAUUAUAUUUUGAAUAGGAUGUGAAUUUAGAGGCAUUGUUUACUAAUACCGAAUUCCAUUCAGAAAAGCCAGGUCAUACUUGAACAAUUCUAAUAUCAAAGAAAGGUUAACAUGGCUGAGAAGUGAGACUAGCUCCUCUGUAACGUAUACAUACUCUACACACACAUACAGUGAUUGAGCUUGAAGCGGCUACCUCCUAAUAUGAUUUCUGUGUGUGUGUGGGGUUUGGCUGUUAAUUAGCACUUCAAAAGGUGUUAUUUUGAAGGAUCUUAUUUGGGGUUGGGGUCUACUUAUAUGUCCAGGGAAUACGUGUUGCACUUUUUCUUGGCACUUGUUUUCACUGAAUCAUUUCAUCAUUUAAUUUAUUUUUCAGCUUGAAGUGAGUGUGCUAUUUGACUACUGCAAAUCUGAGACAUAUUAAGACACAAGCAGCCCAUCACAAUCACAAGGAUUUGGUGUAAUUGUAGAAGAUAUGACACAAUUAGUCGUUUGACUGCAACUGUACAAGCAGAUUCAGAUGCAAGACUGUCGGUUGAACCAACGGACCAUUACCUUAGGCAUUAACAAAGCCAGUCUGAAUGAUUGAAUCUGGAUGUACCUUUGGGUCUUGUGUGUCAUUCUGUCAGACAGCAUGACUGCUCUUGUCAUUGUGGGGACACGUGUCUCGUUGGAUUGAUGCCACCUGGCGUGCGAUGAUGCUUGUAUGCUUCAUGGUGAAUACUCUGAACAAUCCGUUUGUACUGGUGUUUUGUUCAAUAAACCUCCUCAGUAGAUUGUGGUGUCAGCUUGACACACUAUGUGAAUGACCAAG